UUGAAUUAAAUUUGGUGAAUUGUCAAAGUGAUAUUUUAUAUUCAACAGUAUGUUGAAGUAUUAGGGUGAAAUAUUUGGAAUAACUUUUUUACACAAAGUUUUUCCCAAGGAUUUUUAAAGAAAAAUGUUCUCGAUAUUCACACCCGCGUUUACGUUUAAGAAUAGAGGUGCUUCCCCAUCUGAAUCUAUCACCAGCUAUGUCACGGGUUCCGAUAAGCUUUUGGUACCAGGAAAAGUUAUAGCAAGCAAUAAUAUAGCACAGGGUUCGAUGACUUUACCAAUAGAACCAGCCAAACUUUUUGGCAAACCAGACAUUGUCCAGGUUUCAGUUGCAAUGAGCGGGUUUGGUACAUUGAUGUUGGACAGUAAAUCUGAAGCGAUUUGGUCUGAAGAUGUACACUGGGUUAGAGCCAUCCGUUUAUCUGAUGAUUGUCAUAAUUACAAUAUACAGUUGAAGCUGAAACCAUCGCAAAGGAUAUCUAAUAAUUUACCGAAUAAAAAUAUUUCUGCUCCUCAAUUGAUUCUUCAAGUAGUGAGGCCUAUAGUAGCAGGACAAGAACUAUUAUUAUGGUUUUCUGAAGACAUACUGGCAAUGCUGCAGAUAGCUUUUUUGACUCCAGCCAAUAUACAAGGCCAAAAAGAAUAUGUUUGUCUCAGAUGUGGAGCCAUGUACGAAUCCCCGAACCCUCUCAAGCUACACAUCACCUUAAAUUGUGGAAUACAUCCAGUAACAAAGUUGUGGGAUAAACUCGGUUCCAUCCUCACCAACAGCAGCACUUCAGAAAUCUUGGAGGGCGAAAUUUUCGACUUUAAACUAGUACCUGAUACAUCUCUAACCCGUCAAAAAAUUGCCAUGGACUUAACAACUUCAACAUCUCGAAGAGAUUGCCUUAAUAGCAUAACUCAUAGACCUUUUCUGGAGAAUUCAGCCUUCAAACCCUUCAAAAGGAACGAGAACCAUAUUAGGGGUGCAGAAAUUGGAGUUGAAGGAACUGUGAAUUGGCCUCUGAACGUGGCUAAUUUGACGUCAUCAGGGAACAUCAAGGAAGAUGAAGCACAAAUAGAAUCUUUGGUCAGCAGUUUAGGAAAGACGAAGCAAGGUCAUAUGUGUGUUUAUUGCGGAAAAUGUUACUCAAGAAAAUACGGAUUGAAGAUUCAUAUAAGAACACACACCGGAUACAAGCCCUUAGAAUGUAAAUUUUGCAAGAGACCAUUUGGCGAUCCUAGUAACCUCAACAAACAUGUUAGAUUACAUGCCGAAGGAAACACACCAUACAGAUGUGAUUUAUGCGGAAAAGUUUUGGUUAGACGAAGAGAUCUGGAGCGGCAUUUAAAAUCGAGACAUAUGCCAGAAACCCACCCAGAUAUGAAUAUUAUCGUCAGUAGAAACAGUGAAGAAGACGUGGAUGAUGUGGAAAAAAUGGCGUCGCCCAAGGAUGACGCUUGAAAGUUAUGAUCAAAUUUUAAAUAGAUAAUUGUUGAGAUUAUGAAAUAUAUAUUUUUAUUGGUUGA